CGUGUUUUGAAAAUGUCAACCGUUUAACGUCACCAAAUGUCAUAAACACUUUAAGUGAACCAAAAUUCUGGUACUUCCACCAAAAAUAGCACCAAAGCGUUAAUGACCGCGUGAACCGCACCGCCUUAACGCCCCAAAUCAGAGUAAUGUUCUAAAAACUCGUGUCGCAAAUCAGUUUUUGUCCGACAUAACCUCAAACAUGUGGGACUCUACAAUGUUCCUGAGCACCCUCACGCCAAAAUUUUACGUCGCUUUAACCGGCACUUCGUCCCUAAUCUCCGGCUUGAUCCUCAUUUUCGAAUGGUGGUAUUUCCGCAAGUACGGCACGAGUUUCAUCGAACAAAUUUCCCUCAACCACAUCAGCCCCUGGAUCAGUGGCGUCGACAGCAGCGAAAACGGAAGUUCGAGUAAUUCGACUAGUUCGCAAAGUAGCGUUCCUGAGUGUAAGGUGUGGAGAAAUCCGCUGAAUUUGUACAGGGGAGCCGAAUACCAAAGAUUCUACUGGGCUACUAAUAAGGAGCCUUUGACUUAUUAUGAUAUGAAUUUGUCGGCUCAGGACCACCAGACGUUUUUUACGUGUGAGGCGGAUGCGGGUAAAUCUGAGUAUGAGAUUAUGCAAACUGCCUGGCGGGAGAGGAACCCCAUGGUGAGGAUUAAAGCUGCACACAGUGCUUUGGAGAAGAGCCCUGAGUGUGCCCCCGCUUAUAUUUUGUUGGCGGAAGAAGAGGCAACGACGAUAACUGAAGCCGAGAAAAUUCUAAAACAGGCCCUCAAAGUGGCAGAAACGAACUAUAGAAAGUCACAAGCCCUGCAACACCAAGGGAGCCUGAUGGAAGCGCAGCACCGGCGGGACACCAACGUCUUAAUUUAUAUAAAAAGAAGGUUGGCAAUGUGUGCCCGCCGCCUCGGGAAGCUCAAAGAAGCUGUAAAAAUGUUCCGCGAUUUAACCAAAGAAGUCCCCCCAAUAAUGAACGUUUUAAACAUUCACGAAAACCUCAUCGAAGCAUUGCUCGAAAUGCAGGCAUACGCCGACGUUCAGGCCGUGUUGGCAAAAUACGACGACAUCUCCUUGCCAAAAUCCGCCACCAUCUGCUACACGGCCGCCCUCCUCAAAGCCCGUCUAGUCGCCGACAAGUUCUCCCCGGACAUCGCCAGCAAGCGGGGCCUGAACACGGCCGAAAUGGCCGCCGUGGAGGCCAUCCACCGCGCCGUGGAGUUCAACCCCCACGUGCCCAAAUACCUGCUGGAGAUGAAGCCGCUCAUCCUGCCCCCGGAGCACGUGCUGAAGCGCGGCGACUCGGAGGCCAUCGCCUACACGUUCUUCCACCUGGCGCACUGGAAGGCGGUGGACGGCGCCCUCAACCUGCUGCACUGCACGUGGGAGGGCACCUUCCGCAUGCUGCCCUACCCCCUGGAGCGCGGACACCUCUUCUACCCCUACCCCACGUGCACGGAGUGCGCCGAUCGGGAGUUGUUGCCCACCUUCCACGAAGUCUCCGUUUAUCCGAAGAAGGAGCUGCCGUUUUUUAUUAUUUUUACGGCGGGGUUGUGUUCGUUUACGGCGCUUCUGACGCUGUUAACGCAUCAGUAUCCUGAGCCGAUGGGGGUUGUGGCCAAAGCGGUCCUGAAUUGGCUCUCUACGCCGGUGUAUUAUGUCUAUGAGAAAAUCGAAAGUAUGCUGCCGGCGAAUUUGCUGCAGCAGUUGUCGAGAAUUUAAUUCGAGACGAAGUUCGAACGUACUGUACUGUGUGGUAGGUUAGGUAGCUCAUGUAUGGGUUUUUAUAUAGAUAGGUGUUUUUUAACUUAUUUUCAAAGUGAUUAUAUUUUGUGUUAUGAUUGUGAGCUUUUUUAUGUCUGAUUUUAUUUUUGUUUUUUUUCUUGUCACUAUGUAUUCAAAGAUGUUUGCCCAAACUUAUUAUUUAAGGAAAAUGUGAUUAUGCAAAUAAAUGACACUGAAUGGCG